GAGAGAGAGAGAGAGAGAGAGAGAGAGAGAGAGGGACAGAGGAACAAUGGGGGAAGCAAAGAUGGUUCACUCACCAUUGAUCACUUUUGCCUCGAUGCUCUCUCUUCUCACUCUCUGUCCUCCCUUCGUUAUACUUCUAUGGUAUACGAUGGUUCAUGCUGAUGGGUCUGUUCUUCAAACUUGGAAUUACUUAAGGCAACACGGAUUGCAGGGAUUUAUAGACAUUUGGCCGAUGCCAACUGCUGCUGCAUGGAAAAUCAUUGGAUGUUUUGGAGCGUUUGAAGCUGUACUUCAACUCCUCCUACCUGGAAAAAGGGUUGAAGGACCGAUCUCUCCAGCAGGGAAUCGACCUGUCUACAAGGCAAAUGGUGUGGCAGCAUAUGCAGUAACUUUGAUAACAUAUUUCUGCCUGUGGUGGUUUGGAAUAUUCAAUCCUGCAAUAGUUUAUGAUCAUCUGGGAGAAAUAUAUUCAGCCCUUAUUUUUGGAAGCUUUAUCUUCUGCAUUUUCUUACACAUCAAAGGUCAUGUGGCACCUUCUUCUUCUGAUUCUGGGUCAUCAGGGAACCUAAUCAUUGAUUUCUACUGGGGCAUGGAGCUCUAUCCUCGUAUAGGCAAGCAUUUUGAUAUAAAGGUUUUCACCAACUGCAGAUUUGGUAUGAUGUCCUGGGCUGUUCUUGCUGUAACCUAUUGUAUCAAACAGUAUGAAGAGCAGGGGCAAGUAGCUGACUCUAUGCUUGUUAAUACUGCAUUGAUGCUUGUGUAUGUCACUAAGUUUUUUUGGUGGGAAGCUGGAUACUGGAACACGAUGGAUAUUGCACAUGAUCGAGCUGGCUUUUAUAUUUGUUGGGGAUGCUUGGUUUGGGUUCCCUCUAUUUAUACUUCGCCUGGAAUGUACCUAGUCAACCAUCCUGUAAAUCUUGGUAUUCAGCUUGCACUUUUUAUUCUUGUUGCCGGUAUUUCAUGCAUAUAUAUUAACUAUGACUGUGACCGGCAAAGGCAAGAAUUCCGCAGAACAAAUGGAAAGUGCUUAGUUUGGGGGAAAGCUCCAUCCAAGAUAGAGGCCUUGUAUCGUACCACAAAUGGGGAAACAAAAUCCAGCCUUCUUUUGACCUCAGGAUGGUGGGGUUUAUCUCGUCACUUUCACUAUGUACCAGAAAUAUCAGCUUCUUUCUUUUGGACCCUACCAGCUCUUUUCAACCAUUUUCUACCAUACUUCUAUGUGGUGUUUCUGACAAUCCUUCUUUUUGACCGGGCCAAGAGAGAUGAUGAUCGUUGUCAAGCCAAGUAUGGGAAAUACUGGAAGUUAUACUGCGAUAAGGUUCCCUACAGAAUCAUUCCAGGAAUCUACUGAUGAGUUUUGGAUGGACAAAGCUUGCUUGUGAAUCUUCAAUGGUAUAUUGUGUAUGAGUGACUGGUAAUUUAGAGAUCCACUUUUACUAAUUACCAUUUCCUUCAAGUUAAUAUUACCUGCCAUGAGCCCAAGUGCUUGUAUGUUUGGAUAUUGUACCAUCAUAUCAUGUAUGACAUAAUAUAGAUAAUUUUUUUAUUUCUAUUU